AUGCCGGAAACUAACCCGCUUGCGCAGUCCUCGGCGUCUGCCGAAGUUGUCUCGAAGACAACCCUGCCCAUUGCCGGUCUUCAAGUCGACAUCUACGGGCUCUCCGAACUACCCGCCAACGCGACAUCGAUAUCAUGUCUGUGGCUGCACCACCCUCGGUUGAGGACCAAAGACAUGAUGGCCUACAUCGCGAACGCGAGCCUGUCGGCCUUCCAUUCUUCCAGCACGGCGCCGACUACUCGGGGCCUGAUCGCCGUCGCGUUCGACCAGCGGAACCACGGCUCCCGAAUCAUUGACCCAGUCGGAAACGAGUCGUGGAAAAAAGGGAACAAGACACAUGCCCAGGAUAUGUUCGGCACCGUGUCUGGGACAAUGCUCGAUACUACACAUCUCCUUGAUGCACUGGAGGGUUAUCUGUUCGGUGCUGGUGACGGACCGGGAGCAGCAGCUGGUGGGCAGCAGAGGCGCAUUGACCAGAACAUGGUGCUCGGGAUCAGUCUCGGGGGACAUAGCGCGUGGCAGCUGAUGUUCGCGGAGCCAAGAGUCAAUGCAGGCGUCAUGGUCAUUGGAUGCCCGGAUUACAUGAAUAUCAUGCAAUCCCGCGCAGAGCUUGAGAAACUGCAGACCUCGACGGCAGAUAACAAGGCCAUGUUUCUCGGCAGCAAGGACUUUCCGGACGCACUGAUUGCUGCGUGUAAGAAGUAUGAUCCAAAGGGCAUCCUAUUCGGGACCAGGCCUAUCUCAUCGCCAGUGCCGGCCUCCGAGCAGGAUAGAAUACGGCCCUUGCUGGACUCGAAGAUCCGUGGAAAGAGAUUCCAGGUGCUCUCCGGUCGCAUUGACAAGCUAGUCCCGUAUUCUGCUGCCGCUCCGUUCCUAGAGUUCUUCAAGGACGCCGUAGGGACCUGGUACAAAGAUGGGGGUGUCUCUGUCGAGGAUAUCGUCUACGACAAGACGGGACAUACAUUCAGUGACGACAUGAAGAAGGAUGCCUUGCGCUUCAUCCUCGAGACAGUGGCAGUGGCUGACGACAGCGCAAAAGCCGCAUCGUCGAAGAUCUAG